AUGGACAGGUCAGCGUCGGUCUCUCGCGAGACGAGCGAGACUCAGAUCACAUGCUCGGUGAAUUUGGACGUUGAGCCUGGCGUCAAGGAACAGGUGAUCGAGGUAUCGACUGGAAUUGGCUUCCUCGACCAUAUGUUUACAGCCUUGGCGAAGCACGGGAAAAUGUCCGUCAAAUUAUCCUGUCAAGGCGACCUACAUAUCGACGACCAUCAUACCGCUGAAGACUGCGCCUUGGCUUUGGGCGAAGCUUUCAAAAAGGCUUUGGGCGAGAGACGAGGGAUCGCUCGAUACGGCUACGCCUAUGCUCCGCUGGAUGAAUCCCUUUCCCGAGCCGUGGUGGACAUUUCCUCUCGACCAUUCUUUGAAUGUCAUCUACCUUUUACUCGAGAAAAGGUCGGAGAUCUCUCUACCGAAAUGAUCCCCCAUCUGCUACAAUCCUUCGCCUUCGCUGCCGGCAUCACUCUCCAUGUGGACUAUAUUCGAGGCACCAACAAUCAUCACAUCGCCGAGUCAGCUUUCAAAGCUCUGGCCCUUGCCCUCAGGAUGGCGAUCACUCGAACGGGAGGAAACGACGUUCCCAGCACCAAAGGUGUGCUGGCAUUGUAA